AUGAGUAAAAGCACUGGCCUCGACGCGGAAGCGUCAGACCUUCGCCAGAGACAGAGCAAGGGUCCAUCCAACGUCGCAAGUCAACCACCGGCUUCAACUGUGGACAGCCAGGAUACCAGAAAUGGCUCUGACCACGACAAGAUGAAGCCCAAUUCAAAGACCUAUGGACGAACACCGGAUGGCACAGUCUUCAUUGUGCCCACUACCCAUGACAUGGUCUCGCAGCUCUUGGAUCCACGACAGCCCAAGAACUUGUCUGAUGCCAUUGUCCUCGCUAUUCUGGCAUCCAUGAUUCUCGUCGCCUACUUCUUGCCGGAUGGAUGGAAACGACCCGUCUUUGCCCUCACGUUUCUGUUCUGGCGAGCCUGCUACAAUAUCGGAAUUGGAGUCUUAUUACACAUUCAGUCCCGCCAUCGACGUCUAAUCACCUGGGCCAAACGCUGGAAACUCUUCGAAAACCCAAAAACGGGCAGAAAUCCUCGGCCAUGGCUGUACAACCUCCUCAAGCGUGAGCUCGAAGCAAAAAUACCGGAAGAUUACGAAUUCGAAAAGGCACCAUUGGAGUAUAACACCUGGUUAGUCUUCCGGCGGGUUGUUGACUUGAUCUUGAUGUGUGAUUUCGUGUCAUAUUGCCUGUUCGCUAUCGUCUGUGGUCACACUCCUGAAGGGGAGAAUGCGCUUGUUGGUAUGGCUCGUUGGGCGCUAGGCAUUGCCCUUGUUGGCUUUAAUCUCUGGGUUAAACUGGAUGCACACAGAGUCGUCAAAGACUUUGCGUGGUACUGGGGUGACUUUUUCUAUCUCAUCGAUCAAGACUUGACCUUUGAUGGCGUGUUUGAGAUGGCACCGCACCCCAUGUACUCGAUCGGCUACGCUGGUUAUUACGGCAUCUCUAUGAUGGCCGCCAGCUAUGAGGUCCUCUUCAUCUCCAUAGUCGCUCAUGCCGCUCAAUUCGCCUUCCUCGUGACUGUGGAGAAUCCUCACAUCGAAAAGACCUACAACCCUCCCUUGCCGCGAAAGAGGGACCUCUCCCGGGUUCAAAGUGAUUCCACAGUGAGUCUCGACAUGUCCGACCAAAGCUCCAUCGACCGCCCGGUUUCUACUCCUAAGACGAUUAUGCAAGAGCCACCAGUCCCGGUUCACAACAUGGUUGGUUUCAGCAACAUGGACCUCUUCAGAGUGCCAGACUCCAUGGUUGUUCUCCUGCCCAUGUACGUAGCCAUCCUUACUUUGGCAACCCCGACGACGCCAAUCUGGCAGGCAUUUUUCGUAGCUCACGCACUCCUGUGGCGCGUUUGGUACCACCUUGGACUGGGCAUCAUUCUUGACAGACAGUCCAAGACCAAGAUGUGGACCCGACACUUCCUCAAGUAUGGUGAGAGUGCAGGCGAGGCCUGGCGCCAGUGGAAGGGCCUGCAUCACAUCAGCAUGAUCAUGUGUAACGCAUCCUUUGCUGCCGCUUGUUACAAGAUGUACUCUCUGCCAGCGGACUGGGGAUAUGGCCUUGUUCUGCUUAAACACGUCCUUGGUGGCGGUCUGAUUGCCCUGCAACUCUGGACUGCUUUCAGCGUAUACGACUCGCUUGGUGAGUUUGGCUGGUUCUGUGGUGACUUCUUCUGGGAUCAAGAGGCGAAGCUCACGUACACGUCCAUUUAUCGAUUCCUCAACAACCCCGAGAGAAUCUUCGGAACGGCUGGUGCUUGGGGUGGUGCGCUUAUUACCUGGAGCAGGUCCAUAUUCAUCAUGGCUCUCGUGGCACAGCUCCUGACCCUGUUCUACAUUUCGUACAUUGAAAGGCCACACAUGCAAAAGAUUUAUGGCAGAAGUAUGCGCGGAGAAGCCGGGCUUACCAAGUUCAUCAAGCGUUCGCUCCCACCGCCUGUCAAAGGCUGGCAAGAGAGCGUGGACAAGGUUCUCGAUGAUACCACUCACUUUGUGGAAGACUUUAUUGACACCGCUCGUCCCAAAUUCGCUUCUGGCGUCAAGACCAUUGUUCGAGAUACGUCUGCUCUCUUCAAUAUCGCGCCGGCUCGCCUUACGCUUACGAAAAUCCCCGCCGAUGUGGCAGGCUUAGACCCGAAGCUGUAUUCGCUCUCUGUGGAAGGAACACUGUCUGCUCAAUCAAACAUUCAUGAUAGGGCGACUGGCAAGGAGAGCUUCAGCGGGCGGUUCCCCAAACCUGUCAAGACCAUGGUCUACGAGUAUGGCUCUCCCUUGAAAGUGAAGUGGAGGGCACCCGAGAACCAUAGCCAAAAGGAUUGGAUUGGACUGUACAUGGUGACGGAUAAUCGCUCCAGAGAGUCUACUGAAGUGCCAUCCCUCGGCCGCUGGGCUCCCACAAAUGAGGGCGUCUACGAUGCCUUGACCGCAGACAGCAGCAUUGUGACUUCGGAGCACUUGUCUCCCAAGAGCGACGCGAUGGAACCGGACAUGGUAGAGGGUGAAGUUGAAUUCAACGGAGACAAAUUGUGGUGGACGCAAGGCGUGUUUGAGUUCCGAUACCACCACAACGGAAAACACAAUGCCAUGGCUAUCUCCGAGCCGUUUGAAAUCCGCAUUGCUCAAUUCGCAGAGGAUGACGUCGAUCUUGAUUCCAAGGGCAUGUACGCCCAGGCAGUUGAGUCGUCCAUCUUGCCGGUCGUUCAAAACUGUCUUGACAGAGACCCAGACAUUGCCCCUAGCACAAUCGAUGAACCUUUUGGCAGCCAUGUUGAGCGUGAUGGCAAAUAUGCCAAGCGCAUCGUAUAUGCUAUUAGGGAAAUGUUUGGCAUUGACUUUGCACCCGCUGUGGUAUUGGCUGAUGGUAACGUACGGAAGCUAGCUUGGAGAAUUUGUAACGCAAAGGAAGUCUUGGCGCCGUAUAGCAUGUCUCACUCAAAGGGUACUACGACGCCAGCAGCCCAAGAAUUCGACAACACCAAGGCUUAG